AUGCUCCCGAUCAAGCUGACACCUAAAAUUCACAAUAGCCACGGAAGCUCUGGAGGACAGACGUCUGGGCUCACGGUGUCAGAGUGGCCCUUCCUCCGGCUCUGGAGGACAGACGUCCGGGCUCGCGGUGUCACAGAGUGGCCCUUCCUCGGGCUCUGGAGGACAGACGUCCGGGCUCGCGGUGUACAGAGUGGCCCUUCCUCCGGCUCUGGAGGACAGACGUCCGGGCUCGCGGUGUCACAGAGUGGCCCUUCCUCAGGCUCUGGAGGACAGACGUCCGGGAUCGCGGUGUCAGCAGAGUGGCCCUUCCUCCGGCUCUGGAGGACAGACGUCUGGGAUCACGGUGUCAGUAGAGGGGCCCUUCCUCUGGAGCCUCUAGUGGGGAACCUGUUAGUUGCAUCUUUCGGCUUCUGGUGGCUGGUGUUUCUUUUUUCAUCUUUUUUUUUUUUUUUUAAUUUAAUUAGAGACAGGGUCUGCCUGUGUAGCCCAGGCUGGUCUCAAACUCCUGGCCUCAAGCAGUCCUCCUGCUCUGUCCUCACAAAGUGCUGUGGUUACAGGCAUGAGUCAUGGGGCCCAGCCUGUUGGUGUUUCCUGACUUGUGGCCCCAUCACUGCAGUCUCUGCCUUCAGGGUCACAUGGCCUCCUCCUCUGCUGGAGCAUCCCCUCCCGUAA